GCUGCUCCCUCUACCUUUAUGGUUGUCAAGAUAAUUUCCCUCUUCCACCUCUGUGUCUCUCUUUCCGGCUGCCGCUAGAGAACCAGGAAGUAAAGAGAGAAGGGGGGAGAAAAUAAAUACCCAGCAGCUGAGGAAAACAAGGAAGUGAAUGCAGCCAGAGCUUCAGCUGUGAAGUGAAAGUAGAGCAGGCUAGAGCACAACAGACCAGGGCAGUUGGCAUAAGGAAGUGCUAGCUAGCUAACGUCAACACUGGCUGUGCUCUCCCCAGCAGAGUAAAACGAAGAGCGACAGAAAGAGAACGAGACUGCAGACCCUGCCUCACAGAAAUACCAGCAAUCUCUCCUACAGGGUGUGCUGCUCUUAGCCCCCUAUUCAGCCUACUCAUACCCACCACAAUGACAGACCAAGGGGAACCCUGGAGAGGAAGUGGAGAACCUGAGGAGGAGGAGUUACCACAGAUGGACGGGUCAUGUGACGCUUGUGAGCCUGAUGAGGCCCAGCAGGCAACCCAGGUGUGUUACACCUGCAGCUUCGCCUUCUGCUCUACCCACGCUGAGAAACAUGUCCACAGCACACGACACCUACUGACGCCCUAUGGCCAGGAAGUGGAGCAACCCCAGCCCCGGUCCCAACAGCCGGCCAGGGACAGAGACACAGAGGAGGGGGAGGAAAGGGUUCGAGAGAUUGGGCGUAGGGCAGAGCAAGAGGUGGUGGAAAAUGGGGCAUGUGGUGGGACUGGGGUACAAGAGAACGAGGCGUGUGGAGGAGAGAGAGUCCAGGGGGAGGGGAAAGUUGAUGAUGAAGAUGAUGGUGAUGAAGAGGCGGUGGCAGCCCCAGAGGGGGGUAGUAAGAGGGAGACGGUGACAGUGGAGAGGCUGCGCUGUAAUGAGCAUGGCCAGGAGGGUACUCUUUACUGCAAGACUGACGAGAAGGUCAUCUGUGUGGUGUGUGCCGUGCAGGGGGAGCACCGCGAGCAUGAGAUCAUCACCUUGCGCGAGGCCUACAUCUGGCAGAAGAGCAGGGAGGGUUAUGACCUGCUGGGCUGCACACAGAACAUGGCUGACCAUAUCAAGACCAAGUGGACCAACCCUGAGAUGUCUACAGAGCAGUUGGAGGCGUAUGUCAACAGUCAGUUUGAUGAGCUCCACCGGCUAGUUCGUCUGGAGGAGAAGAGGACCCUCCACCUAGUGGACCUGAAGGAAGCCUUCCUGACCGCCGCCGCCGCCGAGAAGAUCGCUGAGAUCACCGUCCACACCGAGCGGCUCCAGGAGGAGAUGGACUGCAUCACGCAGCAGCUGUGCCAGCUGGACCAGGCCGAGGGACAGCCUGGAGCCGGAGUAGCUGCCCUAGCCCAGGGAGGACCAUGCCCCAGACCAGCGCAGCGUGACAUUGAGGCCAGGCCAAGACUCCCAGAGCCGAGACGAGACCCUCAGGACCCCAGGGACUAUGGAGAGGGUGGGUCCAGAUCCUCAAUGGGACACGCCCCCUGACACCAGCUGCCCAAUCACAGAUCACUUCCCACUCCUCUCUCUCCUCCUACUUCUGUCCAGGAGACCAACAAAACCAGAGAGAUUCUCCUCUCCAUGUCUGACGACAAUGGAGUGAGAAUGAAGAAGGCUGUAACAAAAUGGAUGGCUCUUUCUUUCUGCUUCCAGAACUUUUAAAACUCUACUAAGUCUUUUUUAAUUGAGGUUCAUGAGUCGAUUGCAAUCUAUUACCGUCAGGCAACAUUUUCACACUCAAUCAGAUCCUUGUCUGGUGAGCUGUGCUCAGUGAGGAGUGUAGGUAGAAAAUCUGAGGAUGUCAGGAUUGGAACAUGAAAUUCUGAAUGUGACACGCUGUGCUUUACAUUAAUUUCUUCUAUGUAUUUAGUAAUGACAAGCAGCAUUGACCAAAAAAAAGCUAAGCAAAAUAAGUUGACAGAACACCUUAGAUCAGAGGAGGAAUAUAGAAUGUACAGGACAAGGUGGGUGUUCCUGUUUUAUACUCUGAAGGGAAAUAUAUCACAAGUGUCUUAAAUCUGCCUUGAUGUAUAAACACAACUGCUCUCCUCUUCUCUUGUUUGUCCUCACCUUCAAAUUCUCUCCCCUCCUUCCUCUUGUGUGUGUGUUUGUCAGAUCCAUCAUCAGAUGAUGCGUUGACACAUAUUGAUUUCUGAYAGCUGCUGCGUACAUGUUACGGGAAAUCGAAGUGUAUGUAAUAGCUCUCUGUGCAGUGUCAGUGUUCUCUGUAAUACUAUGCCUCAUUACCCGAGACAAUCUGCAGUGUACAACAGUCCUGACUCCUGACGACUAACUGCACACAGUACUUUGUCUUACUCCAUCAUGUCAUUCAAUAAUCACAUACAGAAGGUAUAUUUUU